GAUGGCGGCGCCCUGGUGCAAGCGGCUGCUCCAGGGAUGGGUCUUCUUUUCGGGUCUCGUCCCCCGGGCCUUGAGUAGCCGGAGCCCCGGCCGCUGCCCCUUUUCCCGGGCCUACUGCCGCAAGAGCAGCCUAUAUGACCAUGUGAGGGAUGGCUAUUCUGACAGGCCCCAGCUGGACAUGGGGCUGGUCUGCAGCAAUACCCAGGCGGUGCUGGAUAAUGUGCGGAAUCGCAAGGGCGAGCUGACCGGGGACGAUGUGGCUGACAUCGUCGCUACAUGGAAACAAUUGGUGAAAACAAAGGCGGAAAUCAAGAAAUUAGAAAAUGAGAAAAAUAAUAUCAGUGAUUCAGUUAAGGCCCUCCUGGAUAAGCACAACAAAGAAGCCCUUCAGUCUCAUCCUGAUUUCUCAAGACUGCGAAACCGAGGGAAGGAAAUUCGCCUGGAAUUAAAUUUUCUUUAUAAUCAAGAGAGCCAGCUGGAUGAACGAUUCUAUCUAAAGGCCUUGAAGCUGCCCAACUGGACUCAUCCAAGUGUGCCUGUAGGUGAUGAGAGCCAGGCUCAUGUGGUUGAAGUCGUUGGUGAUAAGCCAGUGUUUGAUUUUAAACCCAAGGGCCAUUUGCAAAUUGGUGAAGACCUGGGCAUUAUCAGACAACGGCGACUCUCUCAUGUUUCUGGUCAUCGAUCGUACUAUUUACAUGGAGCAGGCAGUGAGCUGCAACACGCCUUGGUCCAGUUUACAAUCAGCAAACUCCUCAACAAGGGGUUCACACCCAUAACUGUACCGGAUAUGCUGAGAGGUGCUGUGUUUGAAGGCUGCGGGAUGCAGCCCAAUGCCAAAUCCUCCCAGGUUUACCAGCUUGACCCGGCUCGUUUUGAAGACCUCUGCCUGGCAGGAACAGCCGAGGUUGGCAUCGCAGGUUAUUUCAUGGACCAUGCUGUUAACCUGCAGGAUCUGCCUGUGAGGAUGGUGUGUUGCAGCACGUGCUACAGAGCAGAGACCGACACUGGCAGGGAGGCCUGGGGACUGUACAGAGUCCACCAUUUCACCAAGGUAGAGAUGUUUGGAGUGACUGCUGCCGAGACUGGCGCUGAGAGCACCGAGCUCCUGAAUGAGUUUGUGAUGCUGCAGAAAGAAAUCUUCUCUGACCUUGGACUCCAUUACAAGGUGCUGGAUAUGCCGACCCAGGAACUCGGACUUCCGGCUUAUCGGAAAUUCGAUAUCGAGGCUUGGAUGCCUGGGAGGGGUAACUAUGGAGAGCUUUCAAGCGCAUCGAACUGCACAGACUACCAGAGCAGAAGAUUGAAUAUCAUGUAUUAUGAGGAAACUGGGGAGCUCAGAUAUGCUCACACUGUUAAUGCAACCGCCUGCGCUGUACCCCGCACUCUGAUCGCCAUCUUGGAAUGUAACCAACUCCAGGACGGCAGUGUGAGGGUUCCUUCCGUCCUCCAGCCCUACCUCGGCAAGGAAGUGAUCUCUCGGCCUCCCCGCAGCCUGUUACUCUACAUUGGGCCCAACCAGUACCAGCGGAAUCUCAACAGGGCUCAGUGAGUGCCAACCACCCUGUAAACAACCAGAGACUGUCCAGAUCUCCAUGUUGGUGUUUCUUGGUACAGCUGGCAUGGAUGCUUGACUGAGAGGUGGUCACCUCACAGUUUAACCCUUUAGUGUGUCUUUGUCUUUGUCUGUCUAUCUGUGUGUCUCUCUGUCCCCUUCUGUUUAUUUAUGUCUGUCCCUCCCAUUUGUCUGUCCCUCCCUCCCUCCCAUCUGUCUCUGUCUGUCUGUCUCUCCCUUCCUUCCUCCCUCCCUCUGUCUGUCUGUCUGUCUGUCUCUCUCUCCCCUUCUGUUUAUUUAUGUCUGUGCCUCCCGUCUGUCCCUCCUGGCUGUCUGUCUGUCUGUCUCUCCCUCCCUCCCUCCCUCCCUCCCUCCCUCCUGUCUGUCCCUCUCGUCUGUCUGUCCCUCCCUCCCUCCCUCCCUGUCCGUCCCUCCCUCCCUCCCGUCUGUCUGUCUAUUCCGCCUGGUGUCUUGCUGAAGCUUCUUCAGAGGAGACCCUGUUCUGGGUCUCUUGGCCCCUCCUGUGCUGGGCCCACAGUGGAACGUAAGCCAGGACUGUUUGAUGAGGGAGUGGGGACAGGGGCUAUCCUAAAGAGACCUCAGGAGGAGGGAGAAUUGUGCAGGAGCCCUCAUCGUUCGGUCAGUAUCUUCCAGUGAUCACUUUUCCCAGAGGGACCAAGCUGACACGCACGCAGAGACUCGUACGUGCACACAGACGUGUACCCCUCAGUAGCAAAGACACAGGGGAAGUGAACUGGCAAUACUAUCCCCAACCCUUUGCCCCCAUUUCCCAUAAAGGAUGUGAUUUCAGGCUCCGUGGAGCUCCCUGCUGUACAUCUGCUUUUCGGAACACACCGAUAAUUUAUCUCGACAAGCAAUUGUCUGAGAACAGAUGGUAGAAUGUUAAUUUUGAAACAGAUGAUCACGUUUAAAGGUUUCUUGGCAGAGCUUGUAUUCAAUGAAAUUGAAUGUGAAUCACUGAGGCAGAAUUGUUUCCAAAAGAGAAAUAAAAAGGAUUUUUUUUUUAAAAAAG